AUGUCAAAGAACAAAAGUGUUGGAUCCACUUUUGACAGGUUACCAUGUGCCACAUCGACCCGUGACACUCUGUUCAUCAGAGACCUGUCUAACUUGACAAUAAACAUUGACAGAUUUGUGAUAGUCGCCACUGAAGAGUCUAUAAAGACGAAAGGGCUGGUUGUUGGGAUCCCCCAACAGCCCUCUGGCUACUUUCCAUUUAACUCCCAGUUUAAACUAGUCGCUCGCACCUCGCUUCGCUCGGUGCUCGCUCCCCCCCUAAACCCUAAAACCAGGUUUGAUCAGGUAUGGAAUUGGUUUUCAGCUGCUGAACUUGGAAAGACUAUUACCGAGUACUGGUCGGCAUGGUAUGAACAUGCCGAGAAAGAUCUGUAUAGUGCAGACUCGUCCAGACCCCUUAUCAAACCAGAUCCAAAUUACGUUCACGACCUCGAUGAUGUUCGCCCGGAGCUGUUCACACAGAUCCUCGUGGACGGAGAAACUGAGUUCGUACCGGAUUUGAGGAAGAUAGGACUACUCGGAAGUCGUUGGAUAGUAUCGCGAAAGCGCAAUACUAAUCUUUUCGACCUUGCAAAUGUGUGGAAGAAAACAGUCUUUCGUAAACUGGAUGAAGACAUCGCUGAAAAAGGUGGUGUUGUUCCCGAAACUCAAAACGUUAAUGAAACUUAUCAUUCUGCUUUAGUUGAAGCUGCUGAACAGAUAAGUAUCGAAAGUGAUAACGAGAUAAUACUUCAUAGACGUUCAAUCUCACAAGAGAGGGAACAUCCAGAAUUCGGCAGAAUAUCCAAAUCUUACAACCGAUGA